AGCGGUCCGUCCAUGAUGCCUCGCGCGGUGUCCCGUUCACUGUAUUUCCUCCAGUGAAGCGCAGAGCUGCAGCUGCUGAUGUAACGGGUCACACCGCGCGCACAACUUAAGCCAGACCGGAUACAUAUUACCGCCCUGACCGGACUGUAUUUAAUACGAUUGUCUGAAGAGAGUGUUCAGGAAACAUUGCAUGGAUAAAUCAGAUCAUCAACGCAAAUCUCGGUUCUGCAUUGGCGGAGUGAAGUGGACCCGGACUGAGGCUCGUGAAUGACUGCAGGCAUACGCAGGUGGUGAUAAGAGCAAAAUGCAGAUGAGAGAGCUCGUAACGGGUGCCUGUGGAGGUGAGGAAUGACAUCAUCCAGAUGAGAGGCAUGGAGCUGAAGGUGUGGGUGGAUGGAGUGCAGCGCAUUGUCUGCGGAGUCACAGAGGUCACCACAUGUCAAGAGGUUGUGAUCGCUUUGGCCCAAGCUAUAGGGCGCACUGGCCGCUACACACUGAUAGAAAAAUGGCGCGAGACAGAAAGGCACCUGGCCCCCCAUGAGAAUCCUGUGGUGUCUCUAAAUAAGUGGGGCCAGUACGCUAGUGAUGUGCAGUUGGUGCUUCAACGUACAGGACCUUCUCUGAGUGAGCGCCCCACCUCUGACACCUCUGCAAGAACCCCUGAACGCAGCCUCUACCGCCAAAGCCUCCCUCCUAUGGCAAAGCUUCGGCCCACAGUCCACGACCGGUCCCUCAAACGCCGUGAGCCAAAACGCAAGUCGCUUACUUUCACCGGUGGUGCCAAGGGGCUACGGGACAUUUUCGGAAAGAGCCGUGAGGGUGAGGCCAAGCAGCGAAUGGUGAACCGCAGCGGCACGCCAGCGCCUACUCAAGAGCUCUCCCGCCUGGUGCAACUGCAGAAGGACAAGCUGCGUGUCCUAGAGCAAAAACUGCAGCGUUGCGAGACGGAGCUACAGAAACAACUGAUGGAGGAGGAGGAGGAAGAAGAGGAAGAGCUGGUGCACCUAGAGCAACAGGUCUGCAGGAAUGAGGCAGAGAUGAAGGAGCAGGAAUUCUGGGAGAACGAGCUGCAGAUUGAGCAGGAGAAUGAGAGGCAACUCCGUGAGCAGCUGCAGGAACUGCGCAGUCGUGUACAAGAGUGCGAGGAGCAACUGGGAGAGUACCUGGCACGGAUUCAGUGCAUGGAGGCGGGGCUGGAGGCUGAGCGUUUGCAGCAAGAGUUGAUGGAAACGCGGAUUGCAGAUGAAAUGGAGGUCCGGUCGCGGCUGGAAAAGGCUUGUGCCGAGCUGGACAUGCAGGUGCAGCAGGCCGCUAGGCUGGAGAGCAGCUGCAGAGCUGUGGAGGUCUCUCUUGGGCAGUCUAACAUUAGGCUACAGGAAAGAGAGCAAGAGCUAGAACAGUUAACGAAGGAGCUGAGGCAGGUAAACCUCCAACAGUUUAUCCAACAGACUGGCACCAAAGUAACCGUGCUGCCAGCAAACCCUGCUGAGGAGGAGGCAAACACAGAAACAGAGACUCAGUCUGGAUGUCUGAAGCGGCUCGGAUCAGCCCGGCAACUUCCCAAUGACCUACGAGCUCUGCAGCGUCCCUUGAACACAACCUUUAACCCCGAAGGCAUCUAUGUCUGAAUUUGCAUUGGGCAUCAACAUCUAAUCCCAAUGCAAAUCCUACCUGACUUCAUGUCAUCUCAGACCAUAAAGAUUUCCCUUUAUGAUCACACUCCAUGGAUUUACAGAGGAAUCUUUUGUUCACUCCACAUGAAAUCUGUCACGUCACCAUGAUGAGAUUUCUUCUUUCUCAAAAAACCUACAAAGACAUCUUCAGCUGAAUGUAUGCUUACUUUCACUGGACCCAAAGCUCAGUAAGGCCUUGUACAUGUCUUGAACAUGGUCUUUGCUAGACUCAUACAGAACAAAUAUAUGGACAUGCUGACUCAGCCUAUGUUCUACCCAUCAACCUUUUGGUGACGGUCAGAAAAUGCAACAUUAUGAUGUCUUUCAUUUCAAGAAUGUUUAUGAAUCUCCAGGGAAACCUCACUCUCAAUGUGAUUAUGCAAGCAGCAGGAAUUAUGAGACUUGUGUCUCUGCAGAACAAAAAUGGGCAUUUUCAAACCAGGAUGGACAUUUUUGAACCACUUUACACAAUUUGCCUGCUGCAAUGGGAUUCCCUACUUUCACUGGAUAGUUCAGAAAUGCCCAUCCUGGUUUGGAAAUGCCCACUGAUUACUUCAUUGAGAUUCCCUAUUUUAAUUGGAUAGUUGAAAAAUGCCCAUCCCGAUUUGAAAACGGCCACAGAUUGGGAAACACCCAUUAUUGUUCUGCAGAGUCCUAUACUUAGGAAUUAUAGAGAGGUGCAAAAUGGAUGAUAAAUUAUGCAGUUUAUAUUUUAUGGCUCAUAGGCAGGAUGAAAGCUCAUGGAGUGGGAUGGAGUUUCACCUUAGUUUACACUUUAUUGGCCAAAACAUCUGCUGUGGUAUUUUACUGAAAUCCUGAAGAAUCAUUUUCUGCACUGAUCAGGAAAUACAGAUGCAUGUGAUAUGCAAAUAAUAAUAAUAAAAAAAAGAAUGAGAAAAAGGAAGAGAGAGGUUUUUGCAUGAAAGUAGCUUGUGGCAUUUUCGUUACAUUCUUAAAGUAAAGCGAAGGCACCUGACUUUUGUGCUGAACAGCUUAAGUUAAAAAAGCAACUUUUUAAAUUAUGCAGGCACACCAUAUUGCAGCUACGCGCAAGUCCUUCUAAAUACUGGUCUGUAUUAAUGUGUUUUGCUGGGGCUUUCUGUAACACCGAUUUGGCAGUGAAUAAUUUUGGCCAAUAAGUGCACAUUAUUAGUUGUACUUUAUAUUUAGCUGAUUUUUCUGAAAUGGAAAUCUAGAGUGGUCUUUGAUCAAUUGCUAAAAAAAAAAAAAAAAAAAAAAAAAACCAGUAACCAGUAACAUUUUCUGUUCUUUUAUGGAAUUGAGAUCAACUGAAGUGUUUUUACCAGUUUUCAGAACUGUAUUUUAAUUCAGAUCAAACCAAAGUGUUCUGGACAGUCAAUUCCUACAUGAAUGUGGAGAUGUGAAAGGGAAGCAGCUCCAAAAUGUCAUUUUGACAUGAUUUUUAUUUUUUUGGAAAUGUUUGACUGUAGCAGAAUCUGCCUCCCUUAAAGCUUCGUUCACAUACAGAGUGGCUUUUAACAUUUAAUGUGGAUAUAAGCAAGGAUCUUUUAGAAGCGUACAUAUGGUGUUCAUAUAGAUUGUUGUAGCACUUUUUAAACCAGUUAUGCAGACCGAUUUCCUUUUUUCACAUGGGUUAUUUUGCUAAAGCCAGUGUUUUUAUGUGUUCUUCAUGGAUGACUAAAACAUUUCAAGUGUCGUUUUGAAAGAAAAAAAAACAAAAAAAACAUGACUUGGUUAAAAGCCUUGAAAAUCAUGUUUAAAUGUUUUUAAAGAAAAGAAAAUAACCACACAGCUCAGCUAUUUUCUUUUCUUUAUACUGUAAAGAAACAUGUCCAUGACCUGCACCUCAAAAUUUAAGGUUUGUUUACGUCUAACAAUUUUAAGGGUUAGUUCACCCAAACAUCCACAAAAGAAAGCUAUAUGGGUUUGGAACAACACAAGUUUGAGGUUGAUUAUAGAUAUUUUUGGGUGAACUUGUCCCCUUAAUAUAUCUACAUGUUUUUAUCAUUUUGAUCCAUCUGCUUUCACAUUUACUGAUAUGUUUUUUUUUUGGUAGCAGUCGUAUUGAUUUCACACAGAAGUGGUGUUAACUAUCUUGAUCUGCAAAAGAGCAUUUGGUCGCCUGGAUGGCACAUAAACAUUUAAAAACCCAGUCAUCUCUGUCGUAGAGGGGAACGUUUGAGUAGCAUGCCUUACUAAAAAAAAAUAAAAACAAUAAAGUGUAAAUAGCAUAUAGCAACAUAUCAAUAAGUAGAGUACAGAGGACUAUUUUUAACAUAGUUAAAAAAACUAAAAAAAAAACUGCAUAGUGGUCUUUUUGUUGAACAGCUAAAAUUAACUAAAUGUUUUUAUUUUUAGUAUUGUUAGGCUGCAUGCACUGAGCUUGUCUGAGAUUCUCAACAAAGCCUGAAGUUCCAACUAUGGCACCAACUACAGGUGCAAUACUAAAUAUGGCUUUAUGAAGACUUCAUAAAGGUGUAACGUGCCCAUAUACAUAUGUGUAAUUGUAACAGGCUUGAGGUGCAGGACCGAUGUGUGUAUAAGAAAUUAACAAUGUGCGCUUCUAUCACCUGUUGUUAAGCACACAGGUGUGACUAAUAUACCGUUUAGCUCAUCUGACAGUUGCCAUCAUGAUUUGAAAUUUCUGGAUCACAAGUUUUGACCUUAAAUGCAGUACCAAAAUCCCUUUGAGCAAGAGACUUCUAUUCAACUCUAUUUUUAAAGAAUUAUGUUCAUUUAACUACUUCCUUCUUGAGAAGCAUUAAAUGCCUGGAGAAAAAAAUAUAUACUAAAAUGAUUUAUGUUUGUCAGGCAGCAUAAAACAUUUAUGCCAUCAGUGGAAAAGGUGCAGUAACAUUGUAAAAUACAAAAUAAAUUUAGAAUAGAGCAUCACUGUUUACUGUUUUUUUUUCAUGGUCUUUGCAGAAACCUGGAACUUGUAUCUUACAUGUUUUGUGUGUGCGUGUGUACAUUAUGUGGCUAUCUGGACUAUUUUAAUCAGAUUGGCCACUCGCAUUAUUUUGCAUAACGAAAAACUGUAAAACUGACCAUUGCCCCAUGCAAACAAUUUCCCACGUAGCAGCUGAUUAAAGACCUGACAAGGUUCAAACAAGCCUGUUUCCUAAUGGAUUCUUUCCAACAUAAGUCCACUGAGCUGCAGACCCUGUGAAUGUGGAAUGUAGACUAGGGCAGUUGUUUUGCCCUGUUGGAUGGAUCUUAGUAAAAUGCAGUUGCAGG